AUGAUUUUCGAACCUGCUGCCAGGGCCCCCGUGCCUUGCUUCGAUGUCAUCUCGUAUAUCUUCUCCGACCCGCCCUACAAUCAUGAUGAACCGAUCUACAUUGACGUCCACAAUCCCACCCGCUCCAUCUCCUACAAUCAAGCUCGAAGCAUUAUUCGCCAACUCAUCGCGGGAUUGCGCGCCUGGGGCGUGAAAGAAGGUGACUGCGUCGCUAUUCACUCUUUCAAUGAUAUCUACUACACCAUGCUAGUCCUGGCCAUUGUUGGCGCAGGAGGCAUCUUCACGGGCUCGAACCCAUCCUAUACAGCUCUCGAACUCAGUCAUCAUUUCCGAUCCUCGGCUACGAACUUUAUCAUUACGGAGCCGGAGCUUUUAGGUCCGAUUACGGUGGCCGCGAAAGAAGUGUCGAUCCCGGCAGAUCGAAUUCGGGUAUUUGAUAUCCUGGGCCAGUCGAUACCAAAGGGCACGGUGUCGUGGACGGAGUUGCUCACUUAUGGUGAGGAGGACUGGGUAAGGUUUGAUGAUGAGGCGAUUUCCAGGACAACUACGGCUGCAAGAUUGUUUAGUAGUGGGACGACGGGGCUUCCCAAGGCGGCGAAUAUCACGCAUAUGAACCUUGUGGCGGAACAUGAGCUCGUGUUUGAGUUGAAUCCCAGGCCGUGGCGGGUAAGCAGGGUUGUGCCUAUGCCCCUCUUCCACGCCGCUUCCGCUCCGAGUAGCCACUUUGGCAGUCUGAAAGCCGGCCACAUCAAUUAUGUUAUGCGACGCUUCGACCUGACCCUUUUUCUGGAAACAAUGGAGAAGUACAAGAUUACGGAGAUAGCUGUCGUCCCGCCCAUUGCUAUAGCCAUCAUCAUGCAUCCCAUGUCCUACGAGCGGGGCUAUCUGCGAUCAGUCCGCGCGAGUAACCUGGGCGCGGCACCGAUGGAUAGAAACGCCCAGAAACGGUUCCAGGACUUGCUUGGACCAGGCGCAUACUGUACGCAGGUCUGGGGUAUGACGGAGACGUGUUCUAUCGCGACGAUGCUUCGAUGGGAUGAAGAGGAUGAGACGGGCUCGGUGGGGAGGUUGGUGCCGAAUUUGGAAGCCAAAUUGGUUGAUGACGCCGGCACCGACAUCUCCGACUACGGCGUGCGAGGUGAGCUCUGCGUCCGCGGACCAACGGUCACUCCAGGGUAUUUCAAUAACCCGGCUGCCAACGCGGAAUCCGUUGACGCAGAUGGCUGGUUCCACACGGGGGAUAUCGCGUAUUGUGAUGGCGCAACGAAGAAAUGGUACAUCGUAGACCGAAAGAAGGAGCUCAUCAAGGUACGGGGGUUCCAGGUCGCCCCGCCGGAACUAGAGGCUGUUCUGUUGGCGCAUCCGCUCAUUGUAGAUGUCGCUGUCAUUGGGCUGCGAGAUGUGGUGCCCGGGACGGAACUGCCACGAGCGUAUGUGGUUAGACGACCCGGGACGGAGGAGCGGAUGUUGACAGAGGAAAUGGUUAAGAAAUGGUUGGGGGAGAGGUUGGCGAAAUAUAAGGCACUCACAGGAGGAGUCAAGUUCGUCGAUGCAAUACCGAAAACGGCGAGUGGCAAGAUCUUGAAGAGGGUGUUGAGGGAGGAGAGUCGAAGAGAGGUCAAGGAGGCUAGGGGGAGGCCAAGGUUGUAG